UGUUGUAGGUUAUGUUACAACGUAAGCAAUCCUAGAUUUUUCUCCUAAAAUUAUAAAAACUUACGAUUUUACGCACAAAGAGAGAGAAGUGUAAGAGACAAUGUGAGCUCAUCAGUUCGCAUAGAUUUGAUUCGCAAAAUGGCCAAUCUUGUGUUCGUAUCACGAUAAUUGCAUAAAAUUCCGUCUUUUCCGGCUUCGGAGGGAGGUUAACUCUUCAUUGGCCUAGUAUUGAAAAUGGCUGUGGAAUUUCUGAUAAAUCGGCUCAAAGCUCUGCUCGUACUGCUUUUCGGAAUAUUUAAGCGUGCAAUGUGCUGCCUGCGUCGUCGAAGAAGAUCGUCCUGCGACUCCGUGCCUCUGUCUACAAUAGGAGUAGUACCGAAUGUCCUGACUACUUCAUCGGAAUUAGAGCAGUGGGACAAAUGGGAGGAAAAUCCAGUUGUUGUUAUACCAGAUAAACCAAUUAAUCCAGUACAAGCAAAGAUAGAGCAGUAUCGACAACAAGUGAGUAAACCAUCAGAGAUUCCUGCUGAAGAACAGCUGAAUUUUUUUGAGGAUAUGACUCCAAAAAUCACUAGACAGACCAAAAUUGUGAUCAGGGACAAACAUACAGGUGACCUUUCUCGCAAUGCUGCAAAAUUCACAGCCAUGGACCCUGCUCCAACUAAAGAAUUAGAAGAGUGGGAAGAAAAUGCUAUUGGUUGGGAAGUAGAUGCUAUAGAGGAUUUCAAUGAUCCUACGAAAAUGCUCCGAGAGCAAAGAAGAAGAGAAAGAGAACAACGGUUAAUAGAACAACAGCAGAAGAGACUGGAUCGUAUCGCAAAGUCACAGCCUCUGGGCGCGAAAUUGUGUUCGUGAUGCGACAUCUGGCAUGAGAAUAUCAAAAACAAUAAUGUACAAUCUACUAGGAUACGUAAUUUGGGUAUUUUUAAUAUAAAAAAAACUAACUUGGUUAUAUUAAUUCUCUAUUGUCCAAUCUCUACUGUUCAAAUUAAAUCACGUUAAUUUUAAAUUGUAUUGUUCUGUUUCUGUUUAUUUAGCAGUCGUGUGGAAUUUCACGUUUGACGAGCAUGUUUGUGAAACAAACAAAAUGGUAUCGCAAAAAUGUCAAGUUUAUCACGAAAUUGUCAUUAUAAAUUUCUUGAAUACAGUUGAGUAUAAAUUUUACUUGUAAAACUAUAUGUCUCUAGAUAUUAUCUUGCGAUUUUGCUCAUAAAAAUUACUGUUUUCUAAAUCUUUAAAAAUAAAUUGGGUAAUAGAGGAUUAAUUAAUUAUUGCAAUACUUGAAGUAAGACAAAAAGGCACCUGUGUUAUUGGCAUAAUUUAGAAAAGUUUGACAUACUGUUGCUACUGUAGUAAAUAUGCAAACGUUCUCGUGAGAGAUGUUUCAAUAUUUAAAUAUGUUUGCAUCACUUUUCCUCUUUACAAUUUUCUAAAUCUUAAUAGCAAAAUAACAUAAAUACACAGUGUGUCGAUAAUGUCCCAUAAAACUUGUAUAAAACGUGAUAUGAACAUUCCUUAUAAAUUUUAUAUAAUGUAUCAAAUGUGAUGUGUCCCUGACAUACAAUAGAACAAUUUGUUUUAUUACAAUAGUGGAUUAUGAAGUUUGACGUUUUGAGUAAAGAAUUUUAUCGAUC